AGGAUCCUCUUUGCUCUCCGCCCUAGAAACCUAUAACGCCCGCUCGAAACUCCCAUAAGCUACCAACAUGUCGCCUCCUGCCAAAGAUGAAACCAAUGCCACGAGUACUGGCAAAAAUGAAGUGCGGCUGAUCCCCUCCGAUGAACCCCAAGGCGGGCCCGGGAUUUCAGUCGAACGUUCCAUCAUAGAACGCUCCAUCCUAAUCAAGAACAUGCUUGAGGAUGUCGGUGAGGGAAGCAUGGAAGAAGAGAUCCCAAUUCCAAAUGUCAACAGAGCCGUCCUGGAAAAGGUUAUUGCGUGGUGCACAAAGCAUCAGGGCGACCCUCCAAGCACCGGCGACGAGGACAACGACUCCCGCAGGAAAACCACAGAUAUCGAUGAAUGGGAUCAAAAAUUCAUGCAAGUCGACCAGGAGAUGCUGUUCGAAAUCAUUCUGGCUGCCAACUACCUUGAUAUCAAGGCCCUCCUCGAUAUUGGUUGCAAGACCGUCGCAAAUAUGAUCAAGGGCAAGUCUCCAGAAGAUAUCCGCAAGACCUUCAAUAUCCAAAAUGACUUCACGCCAGAGGAAGAAGCUCAAAUCCGCGCGGAGAACGAAUGGGCUGAGGAUCGUUGAUUUUCAUCCACUGUCAUGCGACACUCGUAAUACGAAACCAUAACGAACUUUCCUUCAUCCUCCCUCCGAUGCUCUCUUGGUGUGUACAGCCACGUAUGCAAUGUAGUCGCAACCGUCUACAUUUCACACAGUUAUCCGACACGGUUAGGUUGAACCUGCGGAAUUCGAGAAGGGAAAUUGACACUACGGAAGUGGGGUCGGAAAAGGGGGUG